CAGUUUAAAGUUCUGAUUGCGGUUCUUCUAACUUCACUCUCAUUCUUCCUCUGUCUGAGGGUGUAGUCGUGUUCCAAGUGCAUAAAGCUUAUUGCAUUUGCUUCGAGCAGAUUCUGCAACAAUGGCUGGAAGAGGAACCAUCAAGGCCCAGAGUGGAUUUAACGCCAACGCUGAUGCCCAGGCUCUCUACAAGGCCAUGAAAGGACUGGGCACGGAUGAAGCAACCAUUCUGAAGCUUCUCACGGCCCGCAGCAACGCUCAACGGCAGGAGAUCAAGGCCGCCUACAAGACCCUGCAUGGCUCGGAUUUGGUGAGCGAUCUGAAGUCAGAGCUGACGGGGAAGUUCGAGAGUCUGAUCGUGGCGUUGUUGUCUGCACCUACCAAGUACGACGUGGAGUGCCUGAAGCAUGCUACCAAGGGUGCGGGCACCACUGAAAAAGUCUUAAUCGAGAUCCUGGCAUCUAGAACCACCAAUGAGGUCCAAGCGAUCAACAAGCUCUACAAGCAGGAGUACGGGAAGACCCUGGAGCAAGACGUAUGUAGUGACACCACUGGAGCCUUCGAGCAGAUGCUGGUCAUUUUGAUUCAGGCCAGCAGACAGCAGGGCGUUCAGGAGGCCAACGUACAGGCUGAUGCUAAGACCCUCUUCGAUGCUGGAGAAAAGAAGUUUGGCACCGACGAGGAGCAGUUCGUUACUAUUUUGGGAAACCGCAGCGCUGAACAUCUAAGAAGAGUGUUCGCCGAGUACAUGAAGCUGAGCGGGUUUCAGAUCGAGGAGAGCAUCCAGAGAGAAACUUCCGGACACCUGAAAGAGGUUCUGCUGGCCGUGGUGAAGUGCGCCCGAGGCGUUCCCACCUAUUUGGCCGAGUGUCUGUACAAUUCGAUGAAGCAGGGCUCCGGUACCGACGAUCAGACGCUGAUACGCAUCAUGGUGUCCCGCAGCGAGAUCGACAUGCUGGACAUACGGGCCGAGUUCAGGAGGAUGUUCGCCACCUCUCUCCACAAGAUGAUAACGAACGACACCUCCGGCGACUAUCGUAAAACCCUGCUCCUGCUGUGCAGCGGCGACGACGCUUAACUCCGCCCCCGGACCUAAAACGUCGGCAUGGUCGAGACCUCCAGAUGAAGACUGAAGCAUGCGUAUAAUAUCCAUGUAAUAAAAUGCUACUAAUCGCCAUAAAUAAUAUCACCAUUAACAAUAAUAAUGAAGGCCAAUCAGAAAUCAGAACGUCCUGUAAGCCAGUAAUAAUGUAACGUAAAAGUUACGAUGUAAAAGCUCGCUCGGUUCGGUGGGGCCGGCACGGCACGGCGCGACAAAAAUGUCAGAUCCUUCACGUGCAAAUGAAAAUAGCUUUUUGUAUUUGUGUUGUUUUGAACAAACAAUAAAGAAAAAUUCCACAACCA